UAAACAAGCUUUUAAAUCUUGUCAUUGGCAGAAUUGUCGUUAAAACGAUACAGCCAGUUCAACAAAUUUGAAUUGUAAUGUUAAACAAUAAUUAACGCUACAAGCUGAUAAAACGCCGUUUUAAGAUAGUGUUUUCCUUACAUCAGUAGUACGUACACUGAUAUUCAAUAAACUCGUGUGCCAAUACAAGUAUGGAUCCGAGCAUUGAUUCGAGAAAAUUAUCGUUUGCCAACGAUGGCGCCACAAUCUAAAAAUUGAAUUGAUUCGAGGGACCUAUAUUAUUAAUUCUAAUAAAAAUCCUUUCACAUACAGAACCAUGAGGUUAAUAUACUUAGCAACGUUGAUCACGUUAUGUGCGGCAAAUGUACAAAAUAUAGGCAUAUAUAAUACAAUAGAGGUACCUAAGAGGUACAAACCCGAUUGGACUGAUCUCGACACCCGGCCGCUUCCAGAAUGGUAUGAUAAAGCCAAAAUAGGAAUAUUCCUGCAUUGGGGUGUCUACUCCGUGCCUAGUUUCAGAUCUGAGUGGUUUUGGAAUUAUUGGAAAGCCGGCAUGGAGAAGUGUAACGAGUUUAUGCGUAAACAUUAUCCGCCCGGUUUUACAUAUCAAGAGUUCGCGCCUAUGUUUACUGCAGAAUUUUUUGAUCCUCAAAAAUGGGCGAAAAUCUUCGCUAAAUCCGGGGCCAAGUAUAUUGUCUUGACCAGUAAACAUCACGAAGGUUUCACUCUCUUCCCUUCCAAGAAAUCAUUCAGUUGGAAUGCCAUGGAAGUCGGACCAAAACGCGACCUCGUCGGUGAUUUGGCCAAAGCUGUACGCGCAGAGGGUUUGAAAUUCGGCGUAUAUCAUUCUUUAUACGAGUGGUAUAAUCCUAUCUACCUGGAAGAUAGAAGGACAGGGUUCGCGACGCAAACGUACGUCGAAACUAAACUAUGGCCUGACAUCAAACAAUUAAUUAAUGAUUAUAAGCCGUCAGUAUUAUGGUCAGACGGCGACUGGGAAGCUCACGACACGUACUGGAAUUCAACAGAGCUGUUAGCGUGGCUGUACAACGACAGUCCCGUGAAAAACGAAAUCGUCGUUAAUGACAGAUGGGGUAUUGGCAUUCCUGGAAAACACGGCGAUUUCUAUAAUUAUCAGGACAGGUUUAAUCCCGGUAAACUUUUGAAACAUAAAUGGGAAAACGCGUUCACGGUCGAUUCCCAGUCGUGGGGCUACAGAAGGAAUAUGGAAUUAAGUGAAAUAUUUAGUAUGGAUCAGUUGCUUAGAGAAAUAGUGCCCACGGUUAGUUGUGGAGGGAAUGCCUUAAUCAACAUAGGACCGACUAAAGAAGGCACGAUAGCUCCAAUAUUCCAGGAACGGCUGUUGUCUCUAGGCGACUGGCUCGCAAUAAACGGGGAAGCGAUUUACAACACCUCCCCGUGGGACUCGCAGAACGACACGCUCAACGGAGAUGUUUGGUACACAUGCACUAAGACUACGUACAAUGCGAGGAACCCAAUAGCAAAGCCGAGUAGAUCGGACACCGUCACAGCUGUUUACGCCAUAUUCCUAAAAUGGCCGGGAAACAGUAUUCUGAAGUUGAAGGACGUUGCACCUAGUAUGCUCAGCGGGAAUUAUCAUGUGCAGAUGCUGGGUCAAGAUGGAUACUUGAACUGGCAAAUCAUCGAAGGAGUAGUUAAUAUUCGACUACCCAGGAAAGCGGUGGUGAAGUCGGAACAUGCAUGGUCAUUGAAAUUUAGUUUAAAAUCCUAUUAACUAUCAAAGAAUUUUAUUAAGUAAACGUUUAACUUUAA